AAAAAACUAACGAGUCAAGUCACGAUUUAACAUGGUUCGCAAGAAAUUAGAGUUCGAGGAGCGACCAAUAUGUAACGCGGUUACAGUUUACAGAUCAAGAGGACACUACUUGCAGCGUCUGGACCUGUUUGACAAAGCGAUACAAGCGUACAAUGAAGCACUCCGGUGGAAUCAAGAUGACGUCCAUUCGCUGCUCGGCCGCAGCGUGGCGAGAGCGAAGGCGACGUAUUACAGCGGAGCUUUAGCGGACGCCAUUCGAGCUACCGAAAUAGAACCCGAGAAUGUAUCAGCCCUGCACAUAAGAGCUCAAACGGCGUAUGAAACAUGUGCCUUUGAGCGUUCCCUUGUCUUGUCACACCGCGGGCAGUUGAUGAGGAAGCUACCGCCAAACUUCGCGGAGUGUGCCAGGAAUGCCGAGGAGACUAUCAGAGUAUGCACCGGAGAAAGUGCAGGAAAGGUGCUGCAGUCGGUUAAUCUACUACGUUCGGAGGCGUUUGAGGAGAUGACCAAGGACGAAUUCACGCCGAUCGUCAUUAAACAUCAGAGUCGAAUGUCACAUCAGGCAGCACAUAAGGUCCAAGAUAUGUCACGCAUUGAACAACAGAAGAAGAAUCAAAUGACCCGUCUAAUGGCAUCGAAGUAUUUAGAAAGAAUGGCCCACGACAAAUACUUUCUUACAAGUUUGUGUAAGGAUGAGCGACUGGCGUCGGCUAACAAGAAGGGAGCCGCGAAACUACAGGAAUUAGCUACUAAUGCGCUCAUGGACGUAGAAAACAGACAGGCUGUUCUACGGGAACGUCGACCCAUGUACGCAACGUCGCCAGCUGAGAGCGCUGCGCGCACGCGUCUCCGACAAGCCCGUAAAGAACAGCGGGAAAAGGCGCGGCGUCAGAACGUGACUGAUGCCACCCGGCUUCUGUCAGCUGCUGUGGCUAUGCAGGAACAGCAUGAUACUAACAAAUGUUUGGAGUUGGCCGAGUUCGGCAUGCAACAAAUAGCACGCAAGCCUGCGCACCUGCUGCCGGACAAAGAAAAGUUCCUGCAGGAGUUAUACACCACUGUAGCCCUUGCUUUUCUGGACCAGAAACGAGUCGCAGAAAGCAUGAGCGAGGCGGACCGCGAAAAGAAAGCAUUUCUCAUGCUUGGCAUAGCUUUGUCGAGGGAACCAAGCAGGGAUUCGCUCUGGCGGGCUAGACCUAUGGCGCCUCAUACUGAUGUCAAGACUCGCUUGCGCACGCUCGAGCGCUCCGUGGUCCUCGCCGAGCGCGCGUCCGAACGGUGUUACAUCCUGCACGAACUAGCGCGCCUGUACGCUGAUACCAAGAAGGCACAGAAAGCCAGAUACUAUUCUACCAAGUGCCAAGCAGAAGCUCGAUCGUCAGGUCAAAGCGUGUGGCUUCUCAACGCGACCUUCCUCGUGGCACGAUGUCACGUCCUUCAAAACAACAGACCUGACGCCCGGGCCGCGCUGCUGGAAGGGUCCUCUAUGGCUCGAGCUUUUGGAUAUGGCGAUGUUUCAGAUUUCUUUGACACAUGUGCCAACGUGUCGAGUGAAGGAGAGAUCCUGCUUUCCGAGGAACCACUGUUGAAAAGAGAGAAAGACAUGGUGAGCCUGAUGCAGGAUGAUGACAUGAAGUCUGCCGCCGAACUACUGUUCAGGAGGAUGUCUACAGUCCCCGUUGCCAGGCGUUUCUCAAUAAUGCCCGGAGCGCGCAUGGAGGCUACGCCCGCGCCAACGAGCGGACGGCGCGCGUCGAUCCUGCCGCGUGCGCAGCCCCCCGUGCGACACUACAAGACCUCGCACCCGCUCGGUUUCCAGGACUUCGACAUUUAA